AUGCAGAGCUUAUUGGCCUUCUAUACACUGGCCACGGCGGCGAUAACGCCGGCGAUAAAGUGGUUCUCAUACCUGAGUCUGAAGCCCGUCGAGUACAAUAACAUGGAGGCGGCCAUCUACUCCAAAACCGACAGAUACGUGCCGAACGAAAGGUGGGUCAUAAUAGGUGGACGACUAACACGUGCAGGCGUCGACCUCUCGUACCGCGUCAGGCAGAGCGUGGAAACCGUCCAGAAGCAGUCUGCCGAGCUGCUGCAGCUGUUGAACAAGCACUACGACGAAGUGGACGUCGUCAAGGUCGCCUUCCAGUGGGCGGAGUCACCGCAUGAGGUGUUCCUGGCCGUGAAGUUUUCCAACAGGUGGAGCAGCCCAGGGGCGCUGGUGGUAUCUGACGAGUCGCUGGAGGUAAAAGGCAACAAGUUGAAGUAUGUCAGCAUGGGCACCCAAUCGGACAAAAAGAAGAAGUACAUUUUGGAACUGGAGCUCUACGACGAGGUUAUCAAAGACGAGACCAGGGUGUCUCCAGUUUCAAUGGGGCGGUUCACCAUCACGCUGAAAAAGGCCCGCCCGUCAGUCUGGAACACGCUCACGAAGGGCAACGAAAAGAUCCCCAACCAACAGAUUUGGUGGGACAUGAAAGACAAACACCAGAUUGCAUGUGACACCUUCGUGGAGGAAAAACCCGAGGAGAAAUCGGAACUUUAA